GAAAAUUCAAAAAUUAAGCAAUAUAUAAAGUUGAGUUGGAAAUUUCUUCACAAGAGCAGGAGGAAUCACUCUUCUGUACUGAACCAGUGGAUGCAGAACAAGCUCUUCAGGAAAAAGAGAAGUGGAGUCCACAAAUGGAGAACCAAGUCCUUCCUAAGAAAGUGCCAGGCUUCUUCUCCUUCCGCUAUGGCUUGUCCCUGCUCCUGCACUUCUGCAAUGGGGCCCUAAUGAUGCAGCGUACAAGCCUGAGCCUUACAAUGGUGGUGAUGGUGAAUGGCACAAUGGGGCCCACCAAUUUCUCUUCAAGGGAGAAUUCAAACAACAUAAAGGGCCCUGUCUAUAAUUGGAGCCCUGAAAUACAAGGGAUCAUCUUAAGUUCCAUCUUCUAUGGCACAAUCAUUGUUCAAAUACCUGUUGGAUGCUUAUCUGGAAUAUUCUCUACAAAGAACAUGAUUGCCUUUGGAUUAUUCCUCAGCUCUGUGCUCACUCUGCUCAUCCCAGCAGCUGCUCAAGUUGGAGAAAAUUUGCUCAUUGCAUGUCGAGUAGUCCAGGGAAUGGCUCAGGGAGCAAUGUCAGUAUUCCAGCAUAAUAUAUGGAUCCAGUGGGCCCCUCCCUUGGAACGAGGCCGACUCACCUCUAUAAGUGUAUCAGGGGUUAUGCUGGGACCCUUCAUAGUCUUGCUUGCGACUGGAUUGAUCUGUGAUUUUCUGGGAUGGCCCUUGGUCUUUUAUAUUUUUGGUGCUUAUGGCUGUGUCCUAUGUCUUUUCUGGUUCAUUCUGUUUUAUGAUGACCCAAAAGAUCACCCAUUUAUAAGCAUCAAUGAAAAAGAAUAUAUCACCUCAUCCCUCGCCCAGCAGGACAACCCAAGUACUGUGAAAACUCUACCCAUCAAGUCUGUGCUGCAGUCUACCCCAUUCUGGGCCAUUUCCUUGAGUCAUUUUGCUUUUUUCUGGUCAAAUAAUUUUGCAGUGGCAUACACUCCAAUUUUUGUGAACAGUGUACUUCAUGUUGACAUAAGAAAGAACGGGUUUCUGUCCAGUCUGCCCUUUCUGUUUGCCUACUGCUUCAGUAUCUUAGGAGGUUAUGCUGCAGACUUCAUCCUAUCCAAGAAUAUCCUCAGCAUCAUUUCUGUCCGGAAACUCUUCACCACACUAGGAAUGCUCUUGCCUGUCAUCUUCAAUAUGUGCAUGCUUUACCUGGGAUUCCACUUUUACACCGUCAUCAUCUUCCUGAUAAUUUCUCAGGCAACGUCCUCCCUUGCUAUACCUGGAACACUUAUAAAUGUCUUGGAUAUUGCUCCCAGAUAUUAUGGCGUGCUUAAAGGAGUUGCAACUUUAAUUGGAAUGAUAGGAGGCAUAAUUUCUUCAACUGUCAGUGGAUUAAUCCUUAGUAUGAAGUCAGAAACUUCUUGGCAUAAAAUCUACUUCUUGAUGUCGGCCAUUAACAUAUCAGCUCUAAUUUUCUACCUUAUAUUUGCGAAAGCCGAAAUUCAGGAUUGGGCUAAAGAAAGCCAAGACACCCGACUUUGAAGUUGACUUCAGCUAAUACAAGAAAAAGCACUGAUAGAUGUGGAGUUGCCUCAGAUUUAAAGGAAUAUUCUAGGUGUUGAAUGGCUGUGGCUGUUAAGAUCAAAAAAAGAAAGGAGUGAAGACACUGUGGACCUCCUGAGGAGCCACCCACACCAACGCCUUGCUAAGAAUACAAGCUGAAUCUGAUCAACCUCUAGAAACAUUUGUAUUAAUUAAGUACUGAGAACAGAAAACACCUUAAAUUACAUUGCAAGAACCUCAUCAAAAUCCUAAACUGUGGGAGAUUUUAUAGGUCAAAGAACUCAAAUUUUUAACAAAUAAGUUAUAAAAAAUGGAGGAGGAUUCUCAAGAGUAAAAGAACUUUAAAAACAUC